AAGGAGAUAAAUGGAGUCAGAAUUGGCUAUUUUUAACGAUAUAAACGAAAUGUUUACAUUCCAAGGGACAUCAAAAAUGAACCCACAAUUACAUUUACUUUUUUAAAGAUCAAUAUCUACUUAAUUCUAGUAUUGAAUAAAUUCAAUUUUGAUUGGUGCAUCAUCAGGUGGAUAGUCAUAUUUUCUCAUAUUUCUAGGUAUUAUCAAAAUUGACUUAAUUGAAUCAAUGAGAUGCAGGGUGAAAAGUUCAAUUGACUUGGAAGACACUUUAAAAAUAGAACUAUACGAAAGUGCAAUAAGUGAAAAUCCCCAAGUGCUCUUGACAAAACGCGUCAAUGACGACUUUAAGCCACAAUUAGCUAAAUAUGGUAAAAAACGGUUUCAAAUCUCUGCGCCAGUGACGCAAAUGAAUCUUUGACACCGGUCCGAUUUCCUGUGAAUUGAUUAUAAGCGAAAAGCUAUUCAAUAUAUCCUCCAAUUGCAGUUAUUCGAUAUGAAUGUUCUUUAGCGGCCAACGGAAAUGCCUUCAUUCAGAAAAUAUUCACACCAAAAUCGGCAAAAACGUUCAUUCAACAAAAGGUGGUACACAUAAAAAAUAAGUGCAAUGUAAAUCACAAAUCAGCGAAUCCCUUCCCCAUCCCCUUUACCAUUGCAUUACGUUUCAGUUAUUUCGGUUGUUGUUCGUGGGAGAGGUCACUGUACUGGGCGGCCCAAAUUGGGAACGCAUCGGUUUUCACUGUCGAUAAAAAAAUUUUCUCAGAACUACCGCCGAAAUUCGACAAGUCAAUGCAAAAAUGGUUUAAUCAGUGGCUCAUUAUAGGCACAGAGAGAGAAAUUUAAUUUAUUUUAAAUUAUAUAUUAAGAAUCUUGUACUAUUCCCAACAUAAAGUAAAAUGCCUUGUCACAUAAUUAAAUUAUUAUUAAUUAUUUCUGAUUUUCAAAAGGCAAACCAUAUAUAUUCAAAAUCCAAAAUCAAGCCUAUCAUAACCUAUUUUCUUGCCGUGUAACUGGCAUCACCUGAGCCGCUUGGGAUACCAGGUGCAGGUGUUGGUGUUGACAUUUCGAAAUACGAUCGCGUCGGCAGAAAUUUACAAUACACCUACCAAAAUGACAAUCAACAGAACAAGCAGCUAAGGUAAAUGCGUCGUCGUCGCUGGUCGGGGCUUGUUAGGCAUCACGUAUACGCCGCUUUGGCUGCCGUUGCAACGAAGAAUUCUGCUGAGCCAUAGAGAAAUAAAUAUAGCAACUAAAGAAGUACAAGCGAAUCGUACACCUAGCGUGAGUCAAGGAAUUAUGUAUUUUUUUUUCGAUUUUUUUUGGUGUGAAAAUCGCUUUACAAUUUCCCCUGGUUUUAGCACUUUUGGGUAAGCGAAAAACGAUCACAACGACAGGAAAUUGUUAACAUACUUCCAAGAAUUUCAUGAUUUCGUGUAAUUGAAGUCGAGGUCAAUAGCCAUUGGUCACGAACUAUGCCUCUAAUCGAAGGGCUUAAAUGCGUUCUAUCCACAAAAACUGCUUGACUGUUCUUUUCCUGGGUCUUUGAACUACUGCGUAUAUGGGGUUAAACUAUAGUUCAAAGAUAUUGCGUUGUUUAUGCUAAAUGCUUUUUUAAUUGUUUUUAAAUUUGAAAUAUAAUUAUUUUGAAUAAUAUCGUUCAUCGCGGUUUUUUUGGGGUUAAUCAUAGCGACUGUUGUUUUUGAUAAGUAGGAACUUUUAUAGUCCUAAACCAGUUCCAAUGUAUCUUUCAUUCCAAAUGCUUUCGAAUGCGCUUAUUUUCUUAAUUUUCCUGACUGUCUUACUGCAGGAAUCAAUGGCCACUCGUCUCUUGAAGUUCACCAAUGUCAAGUGCAUGGAUCUACCCACUUCUCAUGGCUUUACCAAAUACGAGUACUGCCGGUUGAAGGUGGUGCGCAGAAAUCAGGUGGAACUUUCUCUCAAGGUCAGCCUGUUGCAACUUCCUAUCCGUAAUUUGACCACCAGAUUGCAAUGCUUUCAACGUCGUGAUGGCUAUAGACCAUUUAUGUACAACGUUCUCUUUGAUUUCUGCAAACUGAUGUCUAGUACCAAUUAUGAUUUAUCCUUCGAACGUUUUAUUUUCGAUGCAAUCCGAAAGCAGAGUAACUUUAACCAAAGUUGUCCUUGGAAGGAGAACCAUAUGACGGUUGAGAAGUUCGCUCUGGAUUUUACUAAGAUCAAUAUGCCAGUGCCCGCCGGAACGUAUCGCUUGGAUUUCACCUUUUACGCCUACGGCAUCGCUCGUACAUUGACACAGGUGUUUUUCGAGAAAAUCGAGUGACACUCGGACGGGCGUCACAACAAACUUGUUCUUAGUUUGUUUUUGUCAUUUAAAGCGCCCUAGAUUGCGUAAGUUUUAAAGCUCCAAAUACAACUCAAUCAAAUGGCAUCGCUAUUUUCAAUUUACAUACACCAACGAUUUGAUUUCCUUGCCGUAAUAAAAGUCUGUGUGGCAAGUUAAAGUCAAUCAAGUCAAUAAACAAUUACGACCAAUGGAAAAUUUCAUUCUCUUUUAGAGGGCUCGGCCUAGGCACAGUGGAAAAAAUAAAGUGUCCCAAGGAAUGGAAAUUAUAUUUUCAUUUCCCUCAGCUCAUACAUAAUCAAUCAAACUACUGCCCGGAGGCGGUUUUCAUUUAAAUAAAUACCAAUAUAUUCGCUAAUUGAUUCAUUUAGGUAGAUC